AUUCUAGAGAAGCAAAGAUGAAAAUCGGCAUUUUGUGGCCAUCAGCUCUUCAAGGAUAAAGAUUAGAAGCUGGCUGCCUGCUCCCACUCCAUCUCCACUCUCCACCCGGACCAGUAGGUGUUGGAUCUUGCAGUAUUGUCUCACAGUAUAAAAUUGCAAACGAACAUUCUAAUCUGUCGCCUGCAUCCUAUCCUCAGGAUAACCCCAUCAUGUAGCUAUUUCUCGCGUCUUAAAACAUGCAUGUUUUAGGAGAGCAAGAACCCCAGACCCCAUCUUUAUUCAUUUAUUCACCGUCUGUAUGAGAGGCAACAGCAAUCUAAUUCCGUUCAGCAAACUCUCGUGACUGACUUUAUUAACAUCGUACAAAGUCAGAUCCAGGAAACAUAAAAAGAAAAAUUUUAUUAAGGGUAGGGUGUUAUUAGCCUUUUUAUAUCUUUUAAGAUGAAUUCGUAGGCGAUAAUCGAGAAGAAUUUUAGAUUUACAUAUUGAGAUUUUAGAUUGCAACCAAAGAGGAAUUAAAAACUUUUUCCUUUUUUCACAAAAAAGAAAUGUCUUUAUCCGUCAAUUACGCAGUUUAUCCCUGCUAACUUCACUCCGCUGCAAAAAAAAAAGGCUCACUGUAAAGUUAAAGAACUUGAAAACUCCCAACCUUUAUUUCCUCCCAUUCCCAUUCUCCCAGCUUGUCAACCCUCGCUUCUUCUCUCUCUCACAAGCCGGACGUCUCCUCCUUUUGCUCUCCUCAAACAAGAAGAAAAAAAACCCUCCACCGCCCCCGAGUUCCCGACCAACGAAAGCAAGAAGAUGGCCGAAGAAGAAUUUGAGGAGUAUCUCUUCAAGAUUGUAGUGAUUGGGGACUCAGCAGUGGGCAAAUCCAACUUGCUCUCCCGCUUUGCAAGAGAUGAAUUUGACCAUAAUUCCAAGGCCACCAUUGGGGUGGAGUUUCAGACCCAGGUGGUUGAAGUUGAUGGCAAGGAAAUUAAGGCCCAAGUUUGGGACACUGCUGGCCAAGAACGUUUCAGGGCUGUCACUUCUGCUUACUAUAGAGGCGCUGUUGGGGCCCUCAUUGUCUAUGAUAUCAGCAGGAAAACAACUUUCGAGAGUAUCAAACGAUGGCUGGAUGAGCUCAAUACUCAUUGUGAUACCACUGUAGCGAGAAUGCUGGUUGGGAACAAGUGUGACUUGGAGGACAUUAGAGAUGUCAGCGUGGAGGAGGGAAAGAGCCUUGCAGAAGAGGACGGAUUAUUCUUCAUUGAGACAUCUGCACUAAACUCGACUAAUGUAAACGCUGCUUUCGAGAUAGUCAUCCGAGAGAUAUACAACAAUGUUAGCAGGAAAACUCUCAACUCAGAUUCCUACAAAGCUGAAUUAUCCGUCAAUCGUGUCAGCCUGGCAAAUGGGAUUGACUUAUCCAAGCAAAACAAAAGUUUUUCCUCUUGCUGCUCCAGAUGAGUUUCCAUAUCUAUUGGAGGUUUCAUUUCCUUUUCUUACUUUUUAUGUCCAUGCGAGUCCACUGCAGACGUGCUUUUGAAGCCUCUGUUUAGAGUGUUUUUGUUGGGCGUCCUCAUGAGAAACCUCUGGGGAUUUAGUGUGACAAAAGAUUCUACUUCUGGAAUGGUGUUGUGAUAUUGGCUUCAGUGUCAUGGAGUUGAGUAGUCCUGGAUGCACGAUGGGCAAAAUUUGUAGGAUACAAAUGAACGACAUUAGCAUGUUGCAAUUUAUUUAUUUUUUGCGGCAUGUAAAUCUAUGUGUCAUAUACGCGCUGAGAAAUCUGCUGUACUCUACAUCUAAAUUCCUCUGUAACAGUACGGAGAAAAAGGGGUGAUUUUGAUUAUUUUUGAAAAGCUUUUGACGGCGUUAUUUCUCUCUGAA